GACGAUGCCGACGAAUUCGAUCGAUUACUGGAACGCUUAAACUUAAGACGAGCCUGUAGAGUUGGGGUGUGGAUCAAGAGGUUCAUACACAACUGCAGAAAUAACGACAAAAGGUCCGGACCAAUUACGACGGAAGAAGUAAUCAGAGAACGCGAUUGGUGGAUUCGGCGUGUUCAACAACGAGUACAGAAAGAACCACACUAUCCAAAGUUGGUGGAAGAGUUAGGAUUACGUACUAAUGCAGAUAAUAUACUGGUAUGUCACGGGAGAAUUCAAGGAAAAUAUCCAAUAUUCCUUCCAAGAAGCGCGAAGUUUACAGAGAAGUUAGUACAACGAGUACACAGUGAAACGCUUCACGGGGGAGUAAACUUAACUAUGGCUGCAGUUAGAGAGCAAUUCUGGGUACCUCGGUUGCGAAGCUUAGUCAAAAUCGUUCGUAGCAACUGUUAUGGGUGCAAGAGAUUCCGCGCGUCAGCGAUCACUAAACCGGUACCAGGUCAACUACCAGAAGAACGCACCACGGUCGGAGGAGCCUUUGAAGUCAUCGGUACAGAUUUUGCUGGUCCUAUCAGAUAUAAGCAGAAAGGCAACAAGGAGGGAAAGGCAUAUUUGGCUAUUUUCGCGUGUAGCCUUUCUCGAGCUGUGCAUCUAGAGUUAUUACCAAAUAUGGAAACGGAAACGUUCAUACCAUGUCUUAAGCGAUUUAUCGCGCGUCGUGGAAGACCACGUAUCAUUUACUCGGACAAUGGUGGAACAUUUAUUAAAGCCGCAAAAUGGAUUUCACAGCUACGGAAGGAUGAACGACUUCGAGGUCUUCUAGAACGGUACGAGAUAACAUGGAGGUUCAAUUUAAGUCGUGCCCCAUGGUGGGGCGGACAGUUUGAGAGGCUUAUUGCAAUUGUUAAGUCCGCCAUGUACAAAGUAAUUGGGAAUGGUGUUCUUACUUGGACGGAGCUUAGUGAAGUAUUGUUGGAUGUCGAAACGCAAAUUAAUCGUCGACCGCUCAGCUAUGUUGAAGAUGAUCUAGAGUUGCCAACUUUGACACCAGAAACAUUCCUAUAUCAGCGCACGUCUCAUUUGCCAGAACAGCAGACUUGGACAAUAGCAGAACAAGAUAUUCGGAAACGAGCGAAAUUUCUUAAAUCGUGCAAGGAUGGGUUGUGGCGUAGGUGGCAAAGAGAAUAUAUGACUGCACUAAGGGAAAGACACAAUCUAACGCAUAAAGUGAGCAAAUUUCGACCGACGGAAGGCGAUGUAGUUAUCGUGAAAGCAGAUUCCAAGAAUCGAGGAACUUGGCCCCUAGCAGUGGUUACUAAAACAUUCGUGGGUAAAGACGGAGUUAUUCGAGGCGUUCAGCUCAAGACUGGAAAGGGAACAAUAGAAAGGCCAGUCCAAUUGUUAUAUCCACUUGAGUUAGCUUGUGAUGCCAAGCCGAUCGCGAACAGAGUGAGUCUAAACCCAAGAGCAACAGAAUUCCGACCCAAGCGAGCCGCAGCAGCUACAGCAAACGCCCGGAUUAGACAAAUCCAAGAGAUAGAAGAAGAAGACGAGAUAUAAACACUUAACAUUAAUCAUUAACAAGAGUAGUGGACUCUUAUUAACGUUGACAUUAUUAGCUAUUAGUAAUAUUAAGGUUAUAUACCGAACUUUAUUAGAUCAUAGAACAACGGACAGUUAUAACAUAUGCAUCUAGUCUAGAAUGCAUAUGGGGGGAGUGUGAUGGAAACACUUGCAUGGAAACACCCACCCUAAAAUCGGGUUGGGGAAAUUUUGGCGGGAAGCACAUGUGUUGUUGUUGUGAGGAGUCGAAGCGAGUGACUCAGUAUCGGGAUUUAUAUGAGAUUUAUUAUGUAUUAAACUUUACAGUAUUAUUAUUUUUGUGGGAAAUUAUUUACGGAGGCUGUUGAGAGUAAUUUUCUACAUGAAAUGCUUGAGGGAUCGUGAAACCAGGUUUACAAUCCAUAAACCAUUUCACCAUUUGCACGGAUCAUCUGUGAAUCACUCCCACGAUCCGUACAAUCCAUAACAGUGUGAUUACCAAAUCCACAAUCGCGGCAUUGGGUCAUACUCUCCUUUCAGAAUUUGAUUACUUUAUACGGCGUUUAAGUUGCAUUUCGGAACUUAAUAUUUCAUAAUCUUUCCUGGAGAGAAUGCCCCCAGACCCUCUAGAUUUUUCCGUACCAUCAGGCAUCAGCGCUUGCUUGUUCACCCUGCUUUCUUCACUCUGGUGACGUCACUGAGUAUUCCUUAUCAAAUUUUAGAUAUCUUGUGGGUGUUUACAAUAAGAAAACUGGUACUAUGGAUGUUUAUGAUACAACAACAUUCAAACUUCAACCACAAAUUUCAAGUGUGUAGAAUUAUUGUUAUAUAAGUUUGCAGUAUUUUUUUGUGUCUGCAUAUAUCUGUAUAUAACUAUGCAUAAUACAGUUGGUCGUUUAGCUAAAAUAUUUUAAAAGUUUUACCAUAAUGCAGUCGUGCACAUGUUUCGCUGCAGAAUGCAUAUGAACUCUGCAUAAUUAUAUCGACGUACAGUAUUCAUGCAUGGUACAGUACUUGAGUAUGCCUGAAUUUUGCCUCCUGCUUUAUUUUCCAGGUGAUGAAACAGACGCGCAAGAAACUCCUUCUAGUUCUAAUCUGUCAUUUAUGGAAAAGGUACAGAGAUACAGUAUAUGAAUUUUUGUUUUUAAAGUUAGUUGUUUAUCAUAAGCAUGUAUGAUGAAGUGAUCAACCAAAUGGUAGUAAUAGGUUCAUAUUAGAAGUGUAGAAUAUUUUCCUAAGUUGCUAUCAUGCCGUGAUAUUGAGUUUUACGUAGUAUAUGUACAGUAUCAAAUCCGACUAUGAGGACUUUACCGGAUAUCCAGUCCGCGCCAUUAGUUCAGUCCGAGGCGAAGCCGAUAUGACAUCUCAAAUUCACAAAUAGAUCAGUAUUUUAAGUUGACGAAAUUCUAUGCUAACUGGGAUGACAUAUCCAGUUGCCGUGGUCACUACUGUGAUUAAUUAAUUGCUCAUAAUUUGAGAUAAUUUGGUAAGAUUUUAUAAAUACAUGGCGCAUUUGUUUUGACUUUAUAAAAUGUAAAUAACUAUCAUGGUGGUUACGGUAUUAUCGGAGCAGUGAUUUUCAUUUCUGAUAUUGUUAUUUUUUUAGAAUGAUCGAUUGGUGGACGCAUUUGGCAGUACGAGAAGAAAGAAAGCUAUGAAAUCGAGAUUACAAAACGCGAUUGAUUCUGAAGAACUUGGGCACUCUGUGUCUGGUGCUGUUAAUCACAUGAUGAGUCAACCUGAACGGAAUGGAGAGGAAGGUACAGACGUAACAUUCCUCAAGAUUUUAUAUUUUUACCACCUCACGAAGUUAUGUAUCCGCGUUGUUGUAUGUGCUUGUGUGUUUGUCAACACGAUAACACUGCCCAAAGACAAAUGGUUAAAUUUGAAUGAGAAAUGAGCAAAACUUUGUCUUGCUUAACUGAAUGCGUAAUUAGCCCAUUGUAUAAUUUAUGCAUGAUACAUAAUUCGUUGGCGCAGGUACAGUGUAUGCAGUCUUCGAGUUCCCUCUAGUUAUAAUUAUAGCAUCAGUUGUACUGUUUGGUCAUUUACUUCACUUCACUUAGUCCGUUUCUUAUAAUUUGGACAGGCCUUGCUUUUCAUUUUUGAUUGAAAACUUCGUCUGAUAAUAUGUCAGACCAAGAAACAAGUUGUACACUGUCAGACAGUACAGUACAUUACAUUGUAAUUAUUUCACUUGCAUAUCUUACGAGAAUGAGAUUGAUCAAAUUCAUGUGGUAAAAUGGUCGGCCAUAGUGUACACUGGACCGCAUGCGUGAUAUAACUUACUGUCAGUAAUAGGUUUAUUGCACUUUCUUGCCCAAUGGUCUCGUUUUCAGGUUUACCUGUUCUAGCAUGGCAGGCGCACAUGAAAGUUACAGUAUAUCCUCAUGUUUCGGGAACAAACAUAUUUCUCUUUGAUUGAAUCCUUAAACCUACAGUAUUGUGCACGAACAUGAGGAAAUAACCACAUGAAGGCGAAGCCGUUGUGGCAAGAGUGCAAUAAGCAAUCUUUAUCUCGAGAUUUUUGGGUUUUAAUUACUGUACUGUCAUCACCAUAAUGUUUAAUUGAAUGAUCUAAUUUCCUAGCUUCUUCAAAUGUCGCUGACUCCGAUAUGUUCCCAAGAUAUAACAAAGAUGGUCAGACUGCUGCAGAAAUUUAUCCACUGUCUAGCUGUAUCCUUUGUAAUGACAAUUAUGAGGUUGAUUAUGAUAAAUGCAUGUCAUAACUCCAUUUUUGAAUUAUCUUCAGAAAUUUGACAUCCUACUCGGCAACUACAGGUAUAACAAUGCUACAAUAAGAACAACUAAAGUCUGUCUUUAGCUUUCAAACUUGCACUCUCGUGAAUCCAAUCCUAUUAGCCAUUUCCCAAAGUCCAGGGUCUUGUCGCGCAAAUCCCAGGCUGGAGGGACAAGAAAUAUGGCAGCACACAUUUAAAUUAAAUGUUUAAUGUAAAGAGAUAUUUCAUUUUUGGUCGUCUAAAAAGUUGAUAUUUGAUAGUAGAUACUUCUACUCUUUCACAUAUUUAACGUCUGUCACUAUAUAUUCUGUCCCUCCAAACGAUCCCAGAAUGCACUGUGAUCUAUUUUGGGAAAAGGCUAAUUGUAUACUGUGCUAUACCUCAUUUGUAUACUCAUAUACAGUACUUACCCAGACAACCGAUUUUAUCCGAUUAAGCACAUGCAUGUAAUCUAAGUAAUCUAUUGCGUAAACGUGCUUAAUUGUCCAAAAAUAUUGACAUUGCCAGAUAAUAAUCGUUAACCGUUGCCUAUGCAGGUACAUGCAUAAUAAACUUAAUAUUUAAAUGCUUGAGCAUUGUGCAAUAUUAUAGUGAGUUUUGCUAGUUUAUGAUACGCAGCUGGGUAGAGUGUAAUGUGCAUGAUUGGGUUUUCCAAAUAAAGUCAGAUCAUUGUCAAGCUCUUCGUAUUCGUGGAUUGUAUAUCCCGCGUUGGGUGCAUGAUAUUUCUGAGUAUCUCAAUCGGGUGAUCCCAAUAGCCCAGUGAUAGAGUGGUAUGUUAAAACAGAGACCGGUUGGGAAACUCAGAAAACAGUUCAGCACAAUUGUUUUUAAAAAUUCAAUUGAGGAGGCGAAAGCUAUUCUGGCCCCCUUAAAAAAGUAUAUUUAGUGGGUUUUGUUUGAAGGCAGUAAACCUUCACCCAGGGAUUACGUGAAAAUCACCAAAUGUAACUAUAGAAAAAUCAUUAUAAACCUUAACUCUAUCCCAGUAUUAAGCCAAGAAGAUUUCGAUGCAUUAAAAUCACCGGCGAUAGAGAUGAUUUCUCAAUUGAAGACUUACAAAGAAACCUGGCGACGAGAAAACAA